AUGGACCACCCUUCCCCUCUCUCCUGUCAGGACGGGCGGAUCGAGUUCUCUGAGUUCAUCCAGGCGCUGUCGGUGACCUCAAGGGGAACCCUGGACGAGAAGCUUCGGUGGGCCUUCAAGCUCUACGAUCUGGACAACGACGGCUACAUCACCAGGAACGAGAUGCUGGACAUUGUGGACGCCAUUUAUCAGAUGGUGGGGAACACCGUGGAGCUCCCCGAGGAGGAGAACACCCCCGAGAAGAGGGUGGACCGGAUCUUCGCCAUGAUGGACAAGAAUGCUGACGGGAAGCUGACCCUGCAGGAGUUCCAGGAAGGAUCAAAGGCAGAUCCCUCCAUCGUGCAGGCGCUGUCCCUCUAUGACGGGCUGGUAUAGUCCAGGGCCCAGAGCCGGGAUGCCUGGGAACCACUCGCCUCCUCCCGUGCCAUGAGGCCACCUCCGCCCCAACACCACCCUCCUGUGUCCACCCAGCCUUUCUCCGCAUCCACACCCAGCCGGGCUGCCCUGGAACCGUGAGGCCCGGCUCUCCUCCCCCCUGCCCUGCACCCACCGCCGCCUGAAGCCACCGGCUCCAAUUGCCAUCCACCUCUGCUUGUCCAGAAACCAACACGAAACGGAACAGGCUCUAGCCCGCUGCAAAACCGAGGACUCGGCUGCCUCGCGGGCAGCCUCUGGGUCCCUCCCGCUCUCCUGCGCGUGUGGCUUUUGUUUUUUUAUUUCAAACAGACAUUGAAACAGAAAAAAUACAAAAACAAAACUACCUUCUGUCCUGGAAGGUGCAGACUGACAGAUGGGGAGAAGGCUACCGUUGACCUCAGAGAACACUGCCUCCCGCCUCGGCCGUCCUUCAGCAGCCGGAGAGGCCACGGGAAGUCACGGCCUCGGCCACGGUGCGCUCGGGGCGUCGGGUGGGGGCCCGCCUGAUUAACGUUGUUUGUCGUCCCAUCCGCGAGCAGCGAAACCCCCUGCGUGGCUAGGAGGAUUCACGAUGAGGGUGAUGAUGAUGAUUUUUUUGUGAUAACAGUAUUGUGCUUUUUGUGGGGAAAGUGAGUUUUUUUUAUA